AGCCAUUUUUCUUUUCUUUUCUUUUUUUUUUUAAGAUUAAUUUCGUUUGGUUUCUUACCUGCCAUGAUCGCAUUUUGUUAAAAGAUUCUGUUUGAAAGAAAAAAAAAAUGGGAAACGGGUUUGGAUUAUAUAUUAUGUUAAUUUUGGAGAUUUUUCUUUUUGAUUUCUCUUCGUUUGCUGAAUGAUUGAUUGGCUGUUAUUAUUUGAUUUUUUUUUUAAAAUAUAAUGCGGUUUAGUGGAAGAUAAACAGAUUGAAUGUUCAUUUUCUGAUUGAUUGAAAUAGGGCUGGCAAUGAAGCAGAGAUAUUGUGUUGUUUGUUUUGAGUUAUGGUCUCUUUAACGAUUCAAGCUCUCUUUACCGAUUCAAGCUCUCUUUACCAAAAAAAUGAAAGAAGAUUCUUGCUUUCUAUUGGUAUUGCUGUGCUGAAUAUCAUACUACAAGUGAUAAUUGAAAUGAAUUCUGUUUUACAUCAAUUGGGUAUAUUUUGUAAAGUUAAAUUUUGUAUCCUUGACCAAUAUGUGGAAUUCAACCAUAAGAGCAGAAGAUGAGGUCUAUACAGUAUGCAUAUUAAAUAGAAUAAGGAUGAAGUUGUUCAUUUUCUUUUCUAAUUUCCGACUAGAGAAUAAGAAUAAAGUUAAAUAAUUGUUCUUCUUCUUAUUGGUUCUUCAAAUUGUUCUGAAAACGUGAAGAUGAUACUCUUUAAGGUUUUAAUCGUUAUGUUUUAUUCUAUUUCUGCCGUUCUGGAUGCACAAAGCUUUAAACUGUGAGCCAAAUGCUGUGCUUAGUUUGUUGGUCAGUCCAAUUUGAUAGUAAUGCAUAUAAAAGAUACUAUGGUUUGAAUUUUGAAACCCCACUUUCCCUUCUUUUAGUUCCUUUAUUCGAGUACCGAUUAUGAGGCAUGUGAAUGGAUUUAAUUCCGUGGUUGUUAAUAGCAAAUUGAUGUCUGCAAUUUUCCCCUGGAUAAAAUGCUUUUGAGAAGAGAAUGCAGGGAAUUUGCUUGAUAUUAAUCCUAAGUGGUUAAUUUUCUGAAAUACAUGGAGUCAGAAGGAAGUGAAAGGGACACUGUGGUGACACAAGUUAGUGUUGGUGGAUUUGACAGACAUGUCAAAGCCAAAGAUCUGAUGGACUACUUGGAGAAUGAAGUUGGACUUGUAUGGAGGUGUAGAUUGAAGACUUCAUGGACACCACCAGAGUCAUAUCCCAACUUUGAGAUUCCUGACACUACAGUUAUCCCAACAACAGAUGACUAUAACAAGGUGGUGCCCCAUGCGUUUGUUCAUUUUGCCUCCCCUCUAACAGUAAAUUGGGCUGUGGAUGCUGCUGGUCGUACUGAGUUGGUUUUCAACAAUCAGCUAUUGAAGGUUAGUUUGGGGCCUGAAAAUCCUUAUUACUUGAAUCGUCGGAGGAGGACUACGACACCCUUUAAUUUACCUGAUGUCUCCCUGGAGAUUGGAACCCUGGCUAGCAAAGAUGAGUUCUUUGUUGGCUGGAAAGGACCUCUUUCUGGGGUUGAUUUUCUUGUGGAUCCUUUUGAUGGUACCUGCAAAUUUCGUUUCUCUAGAGAUACAGCCUUCUCUUUCAAAGGCACAACGGAGCAUGCAGUUAUUAAAUGUGACUUUAAGGUGGAGUUCUUGGUAAGGGAGAUUAACGAGAUUAAGCAGUACCCUGAUCCAUCAUGCUUAGUAGUGCUCUUGCAACUGGCUUCUUCACCUUGGGUCUGGUAUAGAACUGCUGAUGAUGAGAUUGAAGAAUCAGUUCCUUUUGAUCUUUUGGAUGAUGAUGAUCAGUGGAUCCGGACCACAGAUUUUACCCCUAGUGGAGCUAUUGGUCGGUGUAAUACAUAUAGAGUCAUAAUCCGUCCUCGUCAUGGUCUAAAGCUGAGGAAGGCCAUGGAUUAUCUCAAAGAACGAAGAGUGCCAGUGGACUACCUCAGAUUGCCACUUCGGAUCGGUAAUGAACCUGAUUUUGGGAGGUCCAUGUCAGAUCCCUUCUAUUAUAUUGAUUACAAGGAAGGGAUUCCCUUUGACAUAAUGUUUUUGGUGAAUGCUGUAAUGCACAAAGGCAUAUUCAUUCAGCAUCGGUUGUCAGAGGACUUCUUUAACCUACUGAGAGACCAAUCAAGGGAGGUCAAUGUGGCAGCUUUAAAGCACAUCUAUUCCUAUAGACGUCCAGUGUAUGAUGCUUAUAAGAGGCUGAAAGUUGUCCAUGAUUGGCUGCUGAGGAAUCCUAAGCUUUUUAAGAACCCUAAAAGGCUGGAUGAUCUUGUUGAAAUCAGAAGAUUGGUUAUUACUCCAACCAAAGCUUAUUGCCUUCUUCCGGAAGUUGAGCUUUCUAAUAGGGUUCUCAGGAAAUACAAAGAAGUUGCUGAUCGGUUUUUAAGGGUCACAUUUAUGGAUGAAGGCAUGCAGACAAUGAAUGCAAAUGUGCUCACGUACUAUGCUGCUUCAAUUGUAAGGGAUGUGACAUCUACUUCUUUUUCUCAGAAAACGGGAGUGUUCAAAAGGGUAAAGUCUAUUCUAACAGAUGGAUUUUACUUGUGUGGUCGCAAAUACUCUUUCCUUGCUUUCUCAGCCAAUCAAUUGAGAGACCGUUCUGCAUGGUUUUUUGCUGAAGAUGGGAAUAUAAGUGUGCUUAAUAUUAUAAGUUGGAUGGGGAAGUUUCAAAACCGAAAUAUUGCUAAAUGUGCUGCCAGGAUGGGUCAGUGCUUCUCUUCAACGUAUGCGACAGUGGAAGUUCCUUCAACAGAGGUCAACCCAGACCUUACAGAUAUAGAGAGGAAUAACUAUGUGUUCUCUGAUGGGAUUGGCAAGAUCACUCCUGAUCUUGCAAUGGAAGUUGCUCAGAAACUGAAGUUGGACCUAAAUCCUCCUUGUGCUUAUCAAAUUAGAUAUGCUGGUUGUAAAGGGGUUGUGGCUUGUUGGCCAGGAGAAGGUGACGGGAUCCGCCUUUCUUUACGGCCCAGUAUGAAUAAGUUCCAUUCUAACCACACAACAUUGGAAAUCUGUUCUUGGACAAGAUUUCAGCCUGGCUUCCUGAAUAGACAAAUUAUCACUUUGCUUUCAACACUAGGUGUGCCAGAUGAAGUAUUUUGGGGAAUGCAAAAGACCAUGGUUUCUAAAUUAAACAAAAUCCUUGUGGACACUGAUGCAGCAUUUGAAGUUAUCACUUCAUCAUGUGCUGAGCAAGGGCAUACUCCAGCAAUAAUGCUGAGUGCAGGUUUCAAGCCUCAAAUAGAACCUCAUUUAAGAGGAAUGUUGACUUGUGUAAGAGCAUCUCAGCUUUGGGGUCUUAGGGAGAAAGCUAGGAUUUUUGUUCAUUCAGGAAGGUGGUUAAUGGGUGUUUUGGAUGAACUAGGAGUACUUGAACAAGGUCAGUGCUUUAUCCAAGUGUCCAAUCCAUCUAUAGAAAACUGCUUCCUGAAACAUGGUUCUAGGUUUGCUGAAACAAAGAAAAAUUUUGAAGUAAUUAAAGGGCUGGUGGUUAUAGCUAAGAAUCCUUGUCUUCACCCUGGAGAUAUAAGGAUUCUUGAAGCAGUUGAUGCCCCUGGUUUACACCAUUUGUAUGACUGUCUGGUAUUCCCUCAAAAGGGUGAGAGACCCCAUACAGAUGAAGCUUCUGGAAGUGAUCUUGAUGGGGACCUUUAUUUUGUCACAUGGGAAGAACUUCUUAUCCCCCCUAGCAGGCAGAGCUGGCCACCCAUGCAGUAUGACCCUGGUGAGCCUAAGUUAUUGCAACGCCCAGUCAAUCAUAAGGAUUUAAUAGAGUUUUUUUCAAAAAACAUGGUGAACGAGAGCCUGGGAACUAUUUGCAAUGCACAUGUGGUUCAUGCUGACCUUAGUGAACAUGGUGCUUUAGAUGAGAAAUGUGUAUAUCUUGCAGAGUUAGCGGCUACAGCUGUUGAUUUUCCUAAAACUGGGAAGAUUGUGUCAAUGCCUGCUCAAUUAAAACCAAAACAUUACCCAGAUUUUAUGGGUAAAGAGGAUUACCAAUCUUACAAAUCAAACAAAAUUUUGGGAAGACUAUAUCGUGAUAUCAAAGGCGCGAAUGAUGACGAUAUCUCUGAAUCUUCUGAGCUCAAUUUUGAUGCUAGUGACAUCAAUUAUGAUGCAGAUCUUGAGGUUACAGGAUCUGCUGACUACAUUGCUGACGCAUGGGUUAAAAAGUGCUCCUAUGAUGGGCAGCUGAUUGGACUUCUUGGACAGUACAAAGUUAAGAGGGAAGAAGAGGUUGUAACUGGGCACAUCUGGUCCAUGCCUAAAUACACCAGUAGGAAGUUAGGGGAUUUGAAGGAGAAGCUAGGUCAUUCUUAUGGUGCCCUGAGGAAAGAAUUCAGGCAACAUUUUGAGAAUAUGGACUUGGACUUUGAGCAGCUCAAUGAGGAUGAGAAGAACGAAUUGUAUGAAAGAAAGGCAUCAGCAUGGUACCAGGUCACUUACCAUCCUAAAUGGGUAAAGGAGACAGUAGAGUUGCAGAAGUCUGAUGGUGCUGAAGGUACAGUAAUGUUAAGCUUUGCUUGGAUUGCAGCUGAUUACCUUGCUCGAAUAAAAGUUAGGCACCAGGGGACUGGAAAUGUUGACUUUGCUAAGCCUAUCAACUCUCUAGUACGGUACCUAGCUGAUCGAAUAUGACCAGCAUUUGACUGUUUUGGCAGCAAAUUCUUUUGCUGGAUCAGACUUCUAGGUGACAAGGCCACUCUGCCAUUGCCGAAAAUAAGUUGUAAUGUGGAUUUCUUAUGUAGUACAUUUCUGCCGAAUGACCUGUUACCUAUCAUUGCUAUGACCUAUUUUGAUUGUUGAAAGAUGA